ACCAAAACGAAACCCGCUCGCCUUCAAUUGCCAUCUUGCUGCACGACAUCACAAGGCUGCAUACGCAGUGAAUACCCUGCCCGACCCUACGCAUCGCAGCUCACCGUAGAACCGUUCACUACACUGCAAGCACCGAACGACAUGCCACCUCAGCCAGGCGUAUUCUCAAUCUCAUACAGCACGGCGCAGAAGACGCGGACCUCGGGCGGUGCUGAGAUCAUAGACAUGACCGGCCCUUACCAUCACCACCAGCCGACUGCAGGACCGAGCCGGAUCCAUGGUAGUCAAAUCGACGACCUGAAGAAAGACAAGCGGAAGAGAGAGAUCGCUGGCAGGCUGGGCAAGGAGAUGAGUGACCGGCGCGACGACGCUGGGAGGUACUAUACAGAGAUGAUAUCGGACCUGCACAGCACGUCCAUUCAGCUCUCCACGCGCCCGGAGACGCUGCCCGCCUACAACCUGCGUCUGUACCCCAUAUCGCUCGAGCGCUCGGCGCUGCUCGCGUCCUUGGUCGUGCAGGAGAAGCACAUGCUGGAUAUGGUCCAGACCGCGUAUGACGACGAGCGGGAGAAAGUCGAGCACGAGUGGCGGAAGGGCAGGGAACGCAUUCGGGAGCGCCUUCUGGAGGGUAUCGAGGAGCGCCGGCGACGCGCGCGGGAGGAGAAGGAUGGCGAGGGGGCAGUUUCAGACGUUGGCUUGGACUCACAAUCUCGAGCACACAACACGCGGAAGCUACGAAAUAAGCUUGGGGGCACCUCCCCUCCACCGACACCUCUGUCCGGAGUGGGUACAAGCUACCUCACAAAUGGCACGCUCUCCAUCUCCACAGGCGCUGCCAGCUCAGGCCCCCUCCUCAACCCACACUCACUGCACGUCGACGAGCUGCCUUCCCCAUUCCCUCUUCCGCUGACCUCCACCCACUCCGCACACAGCGCGGGGUACGGAUAUGGCAAUGGUCCGGGCGCCACUGGCAAUGGACGGAGGCGAGCGAAAGGCGGAGGAAGGGAGAACCAGACCGUGGGCGGGCUCGGGAAGAGUCUUACGAUCCUGAACACUGUCAAGGAGCAGGAGGUUGAGCAGGACCUGAAUGAGAUCAGGAGAGGGAACAAGAGGAGGCGGGUCGCUGCCACGACGCUUGGAAGCAAGAAUCAGUGAUUGACGAUCGUGACGUUGGGCAUCGGCGGUCAAUGUCGCAGCAGUGCAUAGAGCAUCACAGGAUGGACUCUAUUUUGCCGGGUUCUUUUUUUGUUGAGUAGAGAUCUAACUUAAUAAUUGAUCAUGGACGCCAGAAAGAUUUACUCACUG